AUGCCAUCUCAUUUGAUAAUUCUAUCAAUUGCUUUAAUAAACCUCGUCUACGUGUCUCGUGGGCUUGACGAAAAUAUUAGGGCAUCUCGCAUUAUAAAAAUAGACCAGGGUCAAGUGAGAGGUUACAAAUUACCAAAGUUUGAUGUAUUCGGAUUUUUUGGGAUACCAUACGCAACGGUUCCCAAGGGCGUACACAGAUUUAAGGGACCGUUACCACCGCGUAAAUGGGCCGGUACUUUUGAAGCAACAGAACAAGAUGUAGGAUGCCGUCAAUGGGUGGACCCUGGUAAUCCACCAUUGGCAACGAACGUUAAAGAAGAAUGUCUUAUAGUCAACAUAUAUGUACCAGAUACAGAGGAAAAAAACCUGCCAGUUAUCGUUUUUAGUCAUGGCGGCGCGUUUCAAAUUGGUAAUGGUGAAAUGCUUACUCCAAGCCGUAUAGUGCAUACUAAGAGAAUUAUUGCCGUUUCUUUUAACUAUCGGCUCGGUGCAAUAGGAUUUUUAUGUCUUGGAACAGAUAUGAUUCCUGGUAACGCUGGAAUGAAAGACCACGUUGCUGUAUUGAAAUGGGUACAGAAGAACAUAGCUAGUUUCGGCGGUAAUCCCAAUGAUGUUACUAUACAUGGAUACAGUGCAGGAUCUACUGCUGUAGAAUUAUUGAUGUUGUCGAAGACUACCAGAGGCCUGUUCCAUAAAGUAAUAGCUGAUAGUGUUAGUGCUAUAGCCGCAGUCAGCAUUCAAAUGGACCCCUUAGCAAAUGCUAAAGAAUACGCUAGGUUACUGAAUUUUACUGAUGUCGACGACAUAAAAGCUUUAGAAGAGUUUUACCUGGAUGCCUCUAUGGAAUUGUUGACGUCAGUGGAUUUAGUGCACCGAUUGGAUUCCUCGCCAUUAUUGUUGACUUGCGUUGAAAGAGAGGAGGUUCAAGAUGCGUUUCUCACUAGUACUCCUAUCGAUAUAAUAAGGGAAGGAGCUUAUCCAGAACUACCAAUGCUGUAUGGCUUUACAAACAUGGAAGGACAUUAUCGCUUAACUGUUUUUGAAGAGUUUAAAGAUAUGAUGAAUGAAGAUUUCAAUCAAUUUUUACCUGUUGAUUUACAGUUCUCUGAUGAGAAAGAAAAGCAGCUAGUAGCCCGUAGAAUUAAGGAAUUUUACUUUGGAAAUCAACCAGUUGGUCCAAAGACAAUUUUAAAGUAUGUAGAGUACUUUGGAGACGUUAUGUUUACAUAUCCAAUGUUACGGGCUCUCAAAUUUUAUACAGAAAAUGGCCAUAAGCAAAUUUAUUUAUAUGAAUUUUCUUUUGCGGCUGAAACUAGGGUCGCCGUGCCUUAUGUGAAUGUUCGGGGCGCUAUUCAUUGUGCCCAAACCGAUGCGAUAAUGGAUAUUGGGGAUGAAGAAAUGCUUUCUAAAGAAUAUCAAGCAGUUAAAAGGAUUACGCGGGAGCUGUGGCUUAAUUUCAUUACCAAAGGGAAACCAAGCUUGAAUAAUUCAUCGGACCUCACUUGGCCUCCAGUCGGUGCUAACAGAUCACCUCAUAUGUCUCUUGACGUGGUGACACAACUACGUGGGGCUGCGGUACCAGAUCGUGCCACAUUUUGGGAUGCUAUUUAUGAGAAGUAUUACAUAGCUCCAAUCCCACCACCUCUAUAUACAGAAAGCGUUGUACUUGCUCAAAAUGAGUCAAAAACUGUUAUGAUAGAACAGGGUUUCGUAAAAGGAUACAAACUGGAAAAGCAUGAUGUUUUUGCAUUUCACGGAAUACCGUUUGCUACUGCACCUACGGGGUCAGACCGGUUCAAGGCGCCUCUGUCACCACCCAAAUGGAAUGGAGUGUUAGAAGCAGUUGAAGAAAAUAUAGUUUGUCCCCAAUAUCAAACAAAUUCAAUGCAAUCUGAUAAAACCCUAAAAGUGAGAGAAGAUUGCCUCAUAACAUCUAUUUAUGUUCCAAACACUAAUAAGACUAAUUUACCCGUAAUUGUCUAUGUCCAUGGGGGCGCCUACCAAGGCGGCUAUGCUGAUAAUAAUACUCCUAAAACACUGGUCAAUUCUAAAGAUAUUAUCUUUGCUGCUUUCAACUAUCGCGUUGGAGCACACGGCUUCCUAUGUCUCGGUACAGAUAAAAUCCCCGGAAAUGCGGGUAUGAAAGAUCAGGUGACGUUUCUUCGAUGGGUUAAGAAAAACAUCGCCUCGUUUGGCGGCAAUCCUAAUGAUGUUACCAUUUAUGGAAACAGCGCUGGGUCAAGGUCAGUAGACCUUCUGAUGCUAUCUAAAUCAACAGCUGGACUCUUCAAAAGUGUUAUUGGUGAUAGUGGUGGGAGUUUAGGCCCUGAAACUGUUCAAAUUGAUCCACUUGCCAAUGCUAAGGUUUUUGCGAGAUUGUUAAAUUUUGAUGACGUAGAUAACAUAAAGGCUCUAGAAGAUUUUUAUCUAAAUGCCUCUUAUGAAGAGUUGAAUUCCAUAGAUACGACGAAGUUACAAAGUUAUCUUUUUACACCGUGCGUGGAAAGGGAUUUAGGAGAUGAAGUUGUUCUCGGGGAAACACCCUAUGAUAUACUAAAAUCUGGCGAAUAUCUCAGGGUACCACUUUUAAUCAGCUUUACAGAAAUGGACGGGACAUUUCGGAUGCCAAUGUUUAACAAAUGGAGGGACGGAAUGAACAAAAACAUUACUAACUUUUUGCCUCUUGAUUUAGAAUUUCCUACAUUUGAAGAGAGAGAUAUAAUUUCCAAGAGAGUGAAGGACUACUACUUCGGUGACCACGAAAUAAAUGAAGAAAAUAUAUUACUUUUCAUCAACUAUUUUACCGAUACUAUAUAUGUAUUUCCAAUCUUGAGAGCUUUGAAAUUGCACCUACAAGCUGGGCAUGACCAAAUUUAUUUAUAUGAAUAUUCAUUUACGUCUGAAGAAUCUCCGAGAGUUCAAUUUAUUAAUAAGCCUGGAGCUUUCCAUAGCUGGCAAACCAAUAACAUUUUAGACCGAAAUACUCAGUCGAGCGAUUCAGUUCAAAUAUCUCCUGAAUUACUAGAAAUGAAAAGAAUAAUGAAAGAUAUAUAUUCUACUUUUGUGAUAACGGGAAAACCUACAGAGUCUACAGAGUCAUCUCUUCCACAAUGGCUUCCAGUCCAUAUAGACAACAUCUAUCUUUUGUCUUUGAACAAUACCAUAGAGAUUAAACCAUUGAACCAUAGAUCCCUCUUCUGGGAAGAAAUAUACGACAAAUACUACAAGCAGCCCAUCCCUCCACGAGAUUGGACGAGCUCAUUGUAA